AUGGGGGAUGAUUCCUUCGAAUGUUUGUCAAGUGGUUCUGGAGAUUCCUGGGACAUACUCAGCAAUUCAGGAUCUGAAAAAGAACGUGAUGUUGCAGUUCUUGAAAAGUCAGAAGUAAAAUGCAAUCCCAACCUUUGUGCUAGUUGUGGUGAUGUGUUGUCAGAUGAAUUUCUACAGUGUUUGUUGUGCAAAAACUGUUACAUCUGUAUGAAGUGCAAAGCCAAGGCUCUCCAUUCUCUGAGAUGUUCAGAAUUAGAAGAACAUUCAUUUAUCUCAUCGCACAGGACGGAUGAUAAUGUGUCCCAUUCAGAGAAUUGUGAAUCAGACGUUCUAAGUUUGCCAGAAACUGAGAAUGCUUCAUCAUCGUCAGUCCAUGAACAUUUUACUGAUAUUGAUAAUUGGGUGAAAAAUAGUUCCAAUACAGAAUCAUUUACUUCAUCAGAUUUCAAUUCUAUUAAAAAUGAUAUUGAAGUUGACGACAUUUCAACUAAUUCAACGAAUGACUAUCGUCAAUCUUCACAUGAAAAGUCUACAAAUCAACUAUCACAAGGUGAUAAUUCUAUUCUAAACGCUUUACUACAAUUUUUACAAAAAACUAACAAUGGACCACUUUUACCAACAACAGAAUCAAGUUUAUUUGAAUCAAAGAUGUCGACAGUAACUACUAUAGAGCCUUCACUUCCAAAGGCAUCAUUUCAGCCACAUCAUACAGCAGCUGUUCACAAUGUUUGUCUACUGAAUAUGGAUGACAGUUCAGCCUUUCAAUCAUGGUUUAAUUUAAGCAGUAGUAAUAAUUAUUCAAAACAGCAAAGUCUUUCUUCACGUUCUUCAUCAUCUUCAUUGUCUGAAGCGAAUAAUAAUAAUAAUAGUGAAUGUCUUUCACGACAUGGUUCACCACCUCCAUUGACAACAACACCAGCAACAGCCCCAUUCGGUGGUGGUAUAACAGCAGCAACUGGACUAUUUUCAACUGGUGGUAUAUUGAAAAAAGAAUCAUUUUCCAGUUCAUCUGUCGGGAGUAAUAGUCCAAAUCGUUCAAGUCCAACAUUCGACUUUUCACCACAAUCAUCGUCAUCACCAUCAGUUAGUUCAUUGUCAUCUUCCCCGCUAGGAGCUGCUACACAAUUUUUAAAAUCAGUUGUUAAGUAUUCUGCUGCUGCACUGAACAACUUCGAUCUAUUAUCAUUAGAUCAUACAGACGAAAUGCCUAUCGAUAAUUGGUCAAAAUCAUCAUCAUCAAAUAAACAAGGAAGAAGUAACAACACUCCCACUUCACGAACAUCAUCUCCGACAUCUUUUGGUAUAUUCAGCAAAGUUGUCAGCAACAACAACAACAACAACAGCAAUAAUAAUAAUGAUACCACUACUACUAAUAGUAGUCUUAAAGCAAUGCCUGUUAAAAGUGCUGUAUGGGAUAGUGAACAUUUACGUGAAAUAAUAGCCCCGAAGCCGAUACCACCAUCAUCGAUUGCUGAAAUCACGGCGUAUAAUUUACGCUGACUUUUGACUGAUUGACUCCUUGUCAGGGAGAGGGACACUUUUAGGCGCCCAGAACCAUACAUACACAUAUAUACAUGUAUUCAUUUAUAUAUAUAUAUUCUCCAUAGCUCUUUCUGUGUGUCACUCUGCACACACACAAUAGACAUACAUAGGUGUCAUGUACUUUUGUCUGU